AGCUGCAGUCGUACGGUAGGAGAUCAAGCUUAGUGGCAAUGCCCAGGAGUAGACACUGGCAGCGAGAGAAGGAAAACGGUCUUGACUUGGAGAUUGUCGAUUAUUUGAGCAAAACCAAGCGGAAUCAUACUAGUAGUCGCAAUGACGUGGAUGAUGAUGAUGAUGAAGAGUCGGAACAUGUGGAAUUUCAAGGCUUGUUGGUGGAGGGGCGAAAAAACGACGACGACGACGAGAUAAGCAAGACGAAACCCAAAGAUCAUCGAAGAAACAGAACUAGAAAAAAAAGAAACGCCAUUGUGGUAUGGAAUCGGCCAUUGGGGGUUUGGGUUGCCAAAACGGUUGCCAUUGUCUUUGUUGUGGGGUUUGUGGUGUGGCUCGUUCGGUUUGUACGGAUCCUUCGUGCGGCCAAAAAGCGCCAUCAUCAUCACGAAAAAGACGACAAAGGGUCUCAUUUCAAUGCUUCCAUGGUGCACUACUACUCCAAUGAAGCAGAGGACGCCUUGCUCAAUCAGAGCGUGGCAGCCAGUGUCGCCUACACGUGUCCAACGAACAUUGACCAGGCCACCAAUGACAAGGAUGGAGUGUUUGAUUUUUACAAUAUAGAUACCGAAAAACACACGCGCGUCCAAGACAGGGCCAUCGCAGAACUCUUGGACAUGAAGUAUGGUGCCUGGGGGAUCACCCCCCAUCAACGCAAAGCUGUGAAUGCACAAUGGGUUCAUUGGUAUGCCGAUGCAUUAUUGCUGCACGCAACCGCAGAGGGCAGCACAACCAUUUACGAAAGUGCCUGUGGUGUAGGAUUGACACUCUAUGUCAUUUUGGAAUUGCUGGCAGAACAGUACAACAUUACUGGCUUGGAAGUCUAUGGCAAUGAGUACAUUGCAGACAAUGUCAUUACGGCCAAUCGGUUCUAUCUGCAGCAACAGCAACGGCAAGACCAACAAGACAACACUACAUCAUCAUUGCCUCACCCAAAGUUGGGACGCAUUUGUCUCGGUGAUUCCACGAACCUAGACUUUGUACCCUCCAAUGCGUUUGAUCUCGUAUUCACAGGGUACAUCGAUCCCAUUACCGAUCCACUCAAUCUCCAAUGGAGUCAUGGACAACACAAGCGGUACUGCAAGGAUCCCACCAAACAGGAAUUGAUACGACAAGAACAAGCACUCAUCGAAAAUUGGUUUGCCAUGUGGGUUACCGAAAUGCUGCGCAUUGCCAAACCUGGUGCCACGAUUAUUGUGGAAUCCAUCUCACCACCACAAUGUCAAGUCGGUGAUUGGGGUGGAGUGGCCAGGGAAUGGUGGACAUCCGAUGCACUGGCAUAUUAUUACUAUGGGGAGCAUGUGGAACCAGGGUCUGUCGAAACAAUUGACUUUGAUCCACUCUCACAGUACAAGGGGCUACACGAUCGAUACAAUGUCAAAAUGGUCAAGAAGAAGGAGAAUCUUAUUAAUAGAUGACACCGCAAGGGAACUGUUGUUUGUUUGGAACGGAAAAGUACUGUACAUGUUCCUGCCAACACUAGAAUCGGGCCCUUUCCGUUUAUUGCUAGCUAGAGCUACACGCAAACAUUCUUACGAACAUUGCGAG